CUGUUGACCAGUGCUCAUUUGUAUGUGGAAAAUAUUUCGCCAAAAAACUUGCCACAUUCAUUUGACAAAGUUUCAUUGAAGAGUUAUAAUAGUUUCAUUGAGCUUACAAAAUGAGCUAUAACAAGUGAAAGUGAAAGUGUACUGAACCCCCAAAGGAAUUUUUAAAGUUCGCGUAGUGAAUCAAAAUAAAAUUGUUAAAAUGAGUAUUCGAAAACAAAGUUGGGGUAAAAAUGAAUUGGCCGUGCCUGAUGAUAAAGCAGAUGCACAAUCGGUAGCUGCUAGUGAAGAGCCAGAAAUGGAUUUUCGACGAAAAAUCAAAUAUGGAAGUCGAAUUCAAGCUGCUUGGGCUGUGCUUUGUGAAUUUUUUUCCGAAUCAAGUGUCCAUGGCGUUAGAUAUUUUUCGGACAGCAAACGUCAUUGGACGGAACGAAUUUGGUGGGUGUUUGCAUUUGCAGUGUCGCUUUAUCUUUGCGGCUUUUUAAUUCAUAAUGUUUGGAUCAAAUGGCAUGAAAGUCCGGUUAUUGUGAGUUUUGCGGAAAAAUCAACGCCCAUUUCAAUGAUUCCGUUUCCAGCCGUAACCAUUUGCCCUGAAACUAAAACCUACAUGGACAAAUUAAACAUAACCGAUGCGUUCCAUACGUUGCUUGCCAAUAACAAAGACAAUAUGACUGAGGAAGAACUAUACCGAUCGAAAGCUGUAUUUCAACUUUGUGAAGCACAUUUGGCGGAGAAUUUUGUAUUGGGUCAAAAUUUUUCGACAAACGAAAUUUAUGAGACAAUCAAAGAUGUUGCACCCAACUUUAAUGAUACGAUGUUUUACUGUAAAUGGCGUAAUAACUUUAUAUCUUGCGAGAAUAGCUUUCAACCGGUUUUGACUGAGGAAGGUGUUUGCUAUACAUUUAACUCUCUCAAUUCAAGAGACAUUUACACUGAUGAAAUGGCCGAUGAAAUGAAGAUUGUCACGGGAAAUCCAAGUACAACACACUGGAGCUUGGAGGAUGGCUACAUUGACAUCGAAGGGAAUUAUAGUAAUACAUAUCCAUAUCGAGUAUUCGGAGCUGGGGCUAGAGUAGGUCUGUAUACUCUGCUUCGUCUGUAUAAACAAAACUUGGAAUAUCUGUGCCGCGGACCAGUACAAGGAUUCAAAAUUCUAUUGCAUACGCCAGGAGAGGUACCACAAGUAUCAAAACAUUAUUUCCGUGUGCCACUAGUGCAAGAAGUGUUGGUAUCCGUUAAACCACAAAUGAUCACAACUUCGGAGGGUUUACGUGAUUACACGCCAAAUGGACGACAAUGCUACUUCAACAAGGAACGACAAUUACGAUUCUUUAAAGUUUAUACGCAGCGAAAUUGUGAAUUGGAAUGUUUGUCAAAUUUCACAAAGCUUGAAUGUGGAUGUGUCAAAUUCUCGAUGCCAAGAGACAGAGACACGUCAAUUUGUGGCUUUGAUAAAAUAAAAUGUUUCAACGACGCCGAAGACAAGUUGCUUGAACGCCAAUUUGAAGAUGGUUUGAAAAAUGAGAGAAACGCUGCAACCGGUUGUAAUUGUCUGCCCGCUUGCACAUCGAUUACUUAUGAUGCCGAAAUCUCACAAGCAAAAUUCGAUUGGGUUGGUUUAUUCCAAGCAUUUAACAGUUCACUGGACGAAUUUCCCGGAGCGGAGUUGGCUCGUUUGUCGAUCUUCUUCAAAGAACAUCAAUUUAUAACGUCAAAACGAUCCGAAUUAUAUGGUUUAACCGACUUUAUGGCCAAUUGUGGUGGUUUGUUGGGUCUCUUCAUGGGCGUAUCAAUGUUGUCGAUCGUGGAGGUGAUCUAUUACUUUACACUUCGCUUGGGUUGUACGCUUCGACUCCGACGAACACGCAAACGCAAGAGUUUACGAGCGCAGGGGAAAAAGAACACAAUCGCACCAGUUGAGUCAAAUAUACCGAACAUUAUGAUCGUAACAGCGGCAGACGAAAAAAAGGAAUAAGGAACCAACAAACCAAUUCAUUAACUAAACGGUUAUCGAAGUAUAAACAGCUUGUGUCGUUCUCUAUCUCGUCUAAAAUUAUUCGUUGCAUUUUAUUCACUUCGAAAUUAAAUGACUGAUGCUUAUUUAUUCGUAUUUAAUCUUAUUGCACAUUGUAAAAUAUAUCCAGUUUUUUCAUUGAAUGUAUCAAAAUAAAUCAGACAAUGCAAUGUCAAAGAAUGAUUUAAA